UUACCUUCUUGGAGCUUGACUUCGGACAAAAAUGAUAGUCAGUUCGCUUCGGUUAUUCAGUGCUAGUACUUAGAAAUUAGUGGGUGGCAUCCUGUGGACACGGGACAAUGGCGAAGGAUGAAGCCGAUGCUGAUGCGAAAAAGCCAAAGCAUGCACACCCCCGUGACAGCAAAAGACCCAAGAAAGUGUUUGUGUCGAACGAUGCAAAUACCAGCGCAGCUGCCAAGGAGUUCUCUGAGUUUCGUCAACGGCUCAAGCCAUCGCGAAAUACCCGCUGGGCUCAGGAUAGUGACGGGGACGAUAUACCUGUGACGCGGAGAUCAAAAAAAGGCAAGAAAGAUGGCGACUCGGAUGAAGCAGCCGGCACGGGCAGUAAGAUCAGCCUCAAGUACGUCUUGCUUAUGCUGCUGAUGCUGGCGCCUGGCUUCAUUGAAAUGGUCGCCAUGAGCGGUGGCCUGUACAGCUCAGCCUUCGCCGCCGCUGACUGGCUGUGGAACCCGCGCCAUGCUGCUAUUGUCGUCCUGUGCGUUACCGUGCCUGUGCUGUUGUACAAACUGCUGCCGGGGCGCGUUGUGACAGCUCUGUUUGUGACCGUCAUGGUGUGCUCCGUAGUCGUUCCCACGUUCAGCGUUGCCCGAUGCUCGCCCGUGAUGAUCAAUUACACCCACUUCAGCACCAACUACAGCAUUCAGCGGAAGGCAGCGGAGAUCAUGCAGGACGCCGUGAUGCCUUGCGUGCGGCGAUACCCGAUGGCCGUGUACCGCCUGUCAGUGAUGUCGCCACAGCUCUCGCUGGUCAUGCAUCCACGUGACAUCAUCAACGUCAACAUUACAUCAUCGCAGGACUCGCCGCUGCCGUACCGUCUUCUCAUGGCAAAGUCUGGCCGCUCAGUGAGAGGGCGCUGGCACCUCAUUUUCCUGCUGGCGAAAGUAUCACGGCGCCUGUCGAUGCGCGACGUGUACACUAGCAUGCAGGAGGACGACCGAGACGACGCAUCGUACAUCCUGCGUGGAAAACUGGUCGACACACCAAAGAGCAUGCAGCCCAUGCAACAGCAACUGGCACGUGACAAGCUCAUGCGCCCUAUGAUGUUUGAUGUACAUUCCAUUGAGCCAUUCACAUAGAGCUGCUAAUAGUGAAUGCUGAUGUGAAUAUUCUAUUUUAGUUUUUAUCAUUCGACUCACCUUUUUAUCCGACCAACAGAUGCAAUGUGAAAUUCUGUACGCGAGUAUGUUCGCCCCAUUUAACAAGAGAAAAUCAUGCUGAUCUCCAUCUGUUUUGAGUCGUAUGUGUAACUGCCAACACCUAGUGAUUGUGAAGGUGUUGUCCAGCAUUUUCUUUCACCUCCUGUUUGCUGGUAGUGGAUCGCUGACGAAGCUGUCACGUUACAGCGUAACACAGGUGCAGCUCACACGUUGAUCUCCUCGUUUGCUGUGUCACAAAACAGCCCCUGCCGGAAAGCUUUACUCGCACGAUACUGCUUGCAAGACCCAUGGGUCCAGCACACUAGCACCGAGCUGCGGAGCAGAUGCUCUUUGUUGCAUUGUUGCUCAGUUCCAGCGUGCUAAGGUGCUCCGUAACGGGUAUCUCCCAAGAUGUGAAGUGCUCGUGGUCAUUAAAA